AUGUCAGAAGUAGAGGAUACUCCAGAAGAGCGAAAAACCGAAAUGUCUCAUUUUGAUUCAAUGGGAACAGUGGAUCUGGAUGCAACACCUGAGAGAGGUGGUGCCUCAAAGCUACACUUGGCAACCCGCACACCAAAUGCACAUGGAAUUCCCCAAAUUCGUGUACCAAAUGUUCGAAAAACACCGAGUACAGGUAAUGCCAACCGUGGUCCCCCAACCAAUACUCGUACCAGCACAAGACAGACCAGAUCAUCCAGAAACCACGCGAUAACCCUAUCAGCGUCAACUGUUGCUGCUGUUGCAUCCGAAGCAUCUUGGUUUGAAUCAGAUGAAACAUUCGGACUGGGUGCAGAGGAGUGA